AUGAGUAUCCCAGCAGCUCCUAAGAAAUCAUGUUUCAAUCAGUUGCGGGACAACAGAAAUGGUGCGAAGAACAAUAAUGAGAGCAUCCUAAGUCUGGGAGAUACAAAUGCCAAUCAAAUCAUGUUGGAGGUCAGCUCCUCUCAGGGUGAGUCCGAGACACAUGACCUGGUGGAUGAAAUUGGAAAUGCCAAUUCAAGUGGGCCAGAACACCACACCCACUUCCUUAAGGAACCUCACCAAUAUCAGGGCUUUGGGAAAGGACCUCAGGCUGCCUCCACCAGUUUGAAAGAUUUUAAACUUUCUCCGACCAUCCAGAGGGAGCUACAUGAAGAGCACACAAUGGAGAGAAGCACAGAUAUCUUGCAGAACCCUCGGAGUGUGCAGGGACCAAGUCUGUCAAGUUGGAGGACUGUAAUGGGUGAGGUUAGUCUAGAGGUUCUGGCUAAAAGGGAUGUUGAAAUUCCCAGGCACAUUCCCAAGGAUAAGUUGGCAAAGACCCUGGACAAUGAGGAAUUGAAAAGGCAUUCUUUGGAAAGAGCUAGCAGCUCUGCAGCUGCAUUUGGGAGCUUGACUCUGCAGCAUCAGCAGCCUGCACAACUGGAUGCCCUUGAGCCCCGGGGUCAUGUGCCUGGGGGUGGAGAAGGGCCACAGAGGACAUUGACUGAUCACUCUCCAGGGGCAGCUUUCCUUCCAGCUGAUAAUACCUCAGAGGGAAAGAGUGUACGUCCUCCUAAACCAUCUACCUCAGAAGCCAAGGAGACCAGUCCCUCAGAGACCCAGACAGAGGGGGCACACAGACUGAAUGUUUGCCACGAGCACGCAUCACGUGCUGCCCAUCCAGACCCUGCUCUGAAUUCAACUUUGUCAUUGAAGGAAAUCUUGAGUUAUCCAGAAGCACAAUUAGGUCAGGGGAAGGGGGAACCAAAGCUGGAACUGAAAUAUGUUCAACCCAGGACCGGGCAGGAGCCAAAGUCGACCCAGGCAGGGGGUCUGGGGUGUCGCAAGGAAGAGAGUGUGUCACACCAAGACAGAAAGGAGUCACGUGGAGAAGCACACAAAGAAGCCAUGUUUGCAGUUAGCAACGCUUCAAAUAGCAGCCAGCACCAUCCUGGAGGGGGAAGAGGCAACAGCCAGGAGAAGACAGGAGUCGGUGCUGGGGUGGAGGAUCUUCUCCAGAUCAGCCCCAAACAGAGUCCUGCUUCCUUGGAAGUGGCUGGAAAUCUUCCCACUGGCAAAGUAUCACCAAGUAUAGGUAAGAAGUUGAAGGAAAUGACAUCCAGCAACUUUUUACCCAGUGAUGGCCACGUAGCUUUUGUUCCUAACGAUCUGACGGACAGCAAGCCCUUGGAUGUCAGCGAGGAGACAAAGAGGAUGGGCAGUGGGAACAGGGAAAGGACCAUGGUGUUGGCCUCAGAUCCUUCUCCCAGAGAGAGCAAAAUGGAGUCCCCGAACCCUCAAAGCAGCUGCCUAGAAGCAGGGGGAAAAGAGACCACAGUACCCGUGGUGGAAAAUGGGAACCUUCUGGAAGAUGCAGCCAAGAGUGAAAUCACCCCCUCAAGAGCAGAGUCAAGUCUCAGUACCCCGGCUCCUCUCCACCCAGAGACAACUGUGAACACGACCCACCAGCCCACGCCACCCAGUAGCAGUUUUCAGGACCUUGGUGUGUUCAGUGUGAACGCAGGGUCACCCUCAGCAGUCUCACCCGCCACUGACAGUGUGCGGCUGCUCAACACAUCCCCAAAAGUGCCUGAGAAGAACACCUGCCCCAGUGGGAUCCCUAAACCUGUUGUUGCACCUUCCAAGGACAUACCUUCCUCAGAGGAAGGAAUGGAGAAGCAUCAGGUUGAAAAAACAGAGGAACGGACAGACGUGAAGCCCGUCAUCGUGCCCAAGCCCAAGCCUGUGAGGCCCAAGAUCAUCACCUACAUCCGGAGGAAUCCACAAGCCCUGGGCCAGGUGGACACUUCACUGGUCCCUGUGGGGCUUCCCUAUGCUCCACCAGCAUGUAGCAUGCCUCUUCCCCAGGAGGACAAGGUGGCAAGUGGAGACCUUAAGCCAUCAGCUAACCUCUAUGAGAAAUUCAAGCCAGACUUGCAGAAGCCAAGGGUCUUCAGUUCUGGACUGAUGGUGUCUGGCAUCAAGCCCCCAGGACAUCACUUCAGUCAAAUAAGUGAAAAGUUUUUGCAGGAGGUGACAGACCAUCCUGGAAAAGAAGAAUUUUGUUCUCCUCCCUACACUCACUACGAAGUCCCUCCGACUUUCUAUCGGUCAGCCAUGCUUCUGAAGCCCCAGUUGGGACUGGGUGCCAUGUCCCGCCUGCCCUCUGCAAAGAGCAGGAUUCUGAUAGCGAGUCAGAGGUCUUCAGCAAGUGCCAUCCACCCACCGGGACCCAUAACAACAGCUGCCAGUCUCUACAGUUCUGAUCCUUCAGCAGAUUUAAAGAAAGCUUCCAGUUCAAAUGCUGCAAAAUCCAGUCUACCGAAAUCCGGACUUCGACCUCCUGGAUACUCGCGUCUCCCAGCGGCCAAGCUGGCGGCCUUUGGCUUUGUCCGGAGCUCCAGCGUGUCCUCAGUUUCCAGCACCCAGUCAGCAGACAGCAUGCCACCCGAGCAGAGCCGGCCAGCCACCCGUUCAACCUUUGGGAAUGAAGAACAGCCAGCUCUGAAGGCAGCUCUGCCUUCUAAGGACACACCCAAGGGGGCCAGCCGAGUGACCCCUCCGGCAUCCUCCAGUGUGACAACACCCCGCAGGAGUUUACUUCCAGCGCCGAAGUCUACUUCUGCACCUGCUGGAGCAAAGAAAGAAGCACAAAAAGAUCAAGAUGCCAAUAAACCUACUGUUUCAUCUCCUAAGAGAACAGCAGCUUCUACCACCAAGCUUCAUUCACCAGGUUACCCAAAGCAGAGGACUGUGGUUCCUCGAAAUGGGUUUGCACCCAAGCCUGACCUGCAGGCCCGGGAGGCUGAGCGGCAGCUGGUCCAGCGACUGAAGGACAGGUGUGAACGGCAGGCCCGGCAGCUUGGCCUCAUUCAGGGGGAGCUGAGGAGGGCCAUCUGUGGCUUUGAUGCUUUGGCCGUGUCCACUCAACAUUUCUUUGGAAAGAAUGAAAGUGCCCUUGUGAAAGAAAAAGAGCUGUCAAUCGAACUUGCAAACAUCAGGGAUGAAGUUGCCUUCAACACAGCCAAAUGUGAGAAGCUGCAGAAGGAGAAGGAGGACCUGGAGCGGCGGUUCGAGGAGGAGCUGAGGAGGCUGGGCUGGCAGCAGCGGGCCGAGCUCCAGGAGCUGCAGGGGCGGCUGCAGGGGCAAUUCGAGAUGGAGAUGGCGCGCCUGCAGGAGGAGCACCACAGCCAGCUGCUGCGCAUCCGGUGCCAGCACCAGGAGCAGGUGGAAGAUAUCACCGCCAGCCAUGAGGCUGCUCUUCUGGAGAUGGAAAAUAACCACACGGUUGCCAUCGCGAUCCUGCAGGAUGACCAUGACCACAAAGUCCAAGAAUUGAUAUCUACCCAUGAACUUGAGAAAAAGGAAUUAGAAGAAAAUUUUGAAAAGCUGCGGCUGUCAUUACAGGACCAGGUGGACACACUGACCUUCCAGAGCCAGUCUCUGCGGGACCGAGCCCAUCGCUUCGAGGAGGCUUUGAGGAAAAACACCGAAGAGCAGCUGGAGAUUGCACUGGCCCCUUAUCAGCACUUGGAGGAAGACAUGAAAAGCCUGAAGCAGGUGUUAGAGAUGAAGAAUCAGCAAAUACACCAGCAGGAAAAGAAGAUUAUUGAGCUGGAAAAGCUGGCAGAAAAGAACAUUAUUCUGGAAGAAAAGAUCCAAGUCCUCCAACAACAGAAUGAAGAUCUUAAAGCAAGGAUUGACCAGAACACAGUUGUCACCAGACAGCUGUCAGAGGAAAAUGCUAAUCUCCAGGAAUACGUGGAGAAAGAGACCCAGGAGAAGAAGAGAUUGAGCCGAACCAAUGAAGAGCUGCUUUGGAAGCUUCAAACUGGGGACCCAACCAGCCCAAUUAAACUCUCCCCCACAUCCCCCGUUUACCGAGGCUCCUCAUCCGGGCCCUCCUCCCCAGCCAGGGUCAGCACCACGCCCAGAUGACGUCACCACGCAGCCUUCGGGAGCUCAGGCUUCUGUCCACCCUGGGGAGUGCUGACCAUGUGCUGGCCAAGUGCCGGCGGCCGCCCUGCGCGCAUGCUCAGUAGCUGCAUAAUGCAUCCUAGGCAGCAUCCUCUUCUGACCCCUGUGUAAGACUGUCGUGGUGUUGGCGCUUAGGAAGGUGUAAACAGUAGAGUCUGAUGUGCAAAAACGUUUUACCAUAGUUAGAGCCAAAAGACAACUCCAAUUGUUCUUGAGUGAUGAACUUUCACUG